AUGGCUUCUUCAACGGACCAAGCAUUUUCUUCUUGUUUAACGGACCAAGCAUUUUCUUCUUGUUUAACGGACCAAGCAUUUUCUUCUUGUUUAACGGACCAAGAAUUUUCUUCUUGUUUAACGAACCAAGCAUUGUCUUCUCCCUCAACAGACCGAACAUUUUCUUCUCCCUCAACAGACCAAGCAUUGUCUUUUUCUACGGUGCCAUCCAAAACUUUUUCUCCAAAUUUAUCAUCGCCAGGCCACCAGAAAGCCUCAUCGCGAUGCCUAUCAAUGCUAACCAAGUCGGCUUGUUCCUUUUUCAGCAGCAGGACAUUUCUUAUUGGAGCAUGGGUCAUCUUUCAAAUGGCAAUCUUUUUGUUCCGAGCCAUAUCUACACUGACAGACAGCCUUUAUUCUAGUUCGCGGCUGGUAUUUGGCGCGCUCAGCCUGGCCAUCGCUAGGGGCUCGUCCCUCCCUAUAGCCAUCGACUCGGGAUUGGUCUUGCUCCCUGCAUCUUUGCAGCUAUUGAGCAUAUCCCCAUGGGGAUUGUUCGGGUAUCGGAUCGCCAUUCACCGACUCAUCUCUUUGUCCAUAAUUUUUUGGUCUAUUGUUCAUUCACUUGGCCAUCUUGUUAACUUCUUUUACUCUGCUUUUCAUCUGGCCACGACGAACCUGCCUAAAAUCAACUCCCCCACCAUCACUUCAUCUUUUUUUACCGUUUUGAUGGCUUUAUUCGGUAGCGUAGCUGGUAUUUCUGGAUUGUUUCUUGUAUCACUCUUGGUUACUUUGUUUAUUUUUUCCUACUCAAUUAAAAAUUAUGAAUCUUUCUGGUGGGUGCAUCGCAUUGUUUUUCCGCUCUAUUACGUUGCUCUUGGUAAGUUUUUGCGCCAUGCACAAAAAUGCUUCGUUUUUCCCAUUUUGCCUUUUAUAUUUGAUAGGGAUCCAUGGAUCGUUUUGUUUCUUCCUUGUAGAUCAACUACAUCCGGUGUGUCCGACAUCCACAGACUGGCUGUGGUUUGUCCCCUUUUUGGGUAUCUAUUUGGUUGA